AUUGAGUAAGAGGUGAAAACAAAAGACCUUGUCUAAAAAUAAAUACCAACCAAGACACUUCAGCAUUUAGAAUAAGAAAAUCGAGAGUUGCAAGCAAAUGUUUGUGUCUUAUUUUUGGACAUGAUUACUUCUACUGAUGAUUUUUUGUUAUGCUUUCCUUUCUGUGAACGUCAUAAGUUCGUUAGCGGAGGAAGCUUCCUCUAUAAAACUCAAUGGCAAUCGACUAUUUGGCAACAAUUACACAAUUGAGUUCUAACAGUGAAGUCUCCGUGAAGCACUAGUACAAUGAAAGUUUUCGUCUGCAUUUUAGCCUCUUUGGCGGCGGUUAGCGCAGGAGGUGGUUAUCUGCCCCGAGGUGGCUUUGGCGGUGGUUACGGCGGCCAGGGUGGCUUUGCAAGCUCUUCCAGUUCCGCCAGCUCGAGUGGGUCUGCGCACUCCUCAGGCGGUGGUUUUGGUGGCGGAGCGGGACCCGGGCGCUAUGCCGGCGGCUUUGGUAAAGGCGGUGGAGGUGGCGGUCGCGGCUGGAAAAAUGUUGGUGGUGCCUUAGGCGGUGUUGGCGGUUAUGGUGGUUAUGGUGGCGGCGCAUCUUUGGGUGGAGCUGGUGGUUAUGGAGGCGGCGCAUCUUUGGGUGGAGCAGGUGGUUAUGGUGGCGGCAGUGGUUUUGGCGGUGGACGUGGUGGCGGUAGAAAGACUGGUUUGUAUGGCACCUCCAGUGUUUCCUUCCAUACUGGAAAUUCUUUGGGUAGCGGUGGUGCUGGUUCUUAUGGCGGCGGCGUUGGUCACGGCAGUGGAUUGGGAGUUGGAGCAUAUGGUCCUAGCCUUGGCGGUGCUGGAUAUGCUAGCGGUGGCUCUACAUAUGGUGUCAGUAGCAGCGCUGCUGGUCGCUCUCACGCUGAUUGGGGUAUACCAGCUAACUUUGACUACUCCGUUAACCAUGGCUCGUCCGGUGCUGGUUCAGGGGGAUAUGGCGGUGGUACUUAUGGGGGCGGUGCUGGAUGGGGCGGUGUUGGAUUGGGCGGCUAUGGUGGCGGUGCUGGAUUGGGUGGUUAUGGUGGCGCUGGCGGUAAAUCAGGUUACGGCCACUCCGCUGGUAGUAGUGCUUCAGCUAGCUCAUCCAGUUCAGCCGGUUCAUCUGGUUGGUGGAAGAAUUAG